GUCCACAUAGCUCUGCUUCAAGGCGGCUUUCGAACACUUCAAAGACAUGUGUGACGUCAAAUUGAAGCCUCCAAUGUUGCGGACUCUUAUCAAGAAACAUCUGUCGGAAGAGAAGCAGCCUCUCCAGAGCUCUUUUGAGCUGGCAAAGGUUGUCUCCACCAUCCAAACUCACAAUCUCCUGUCAGAAUCAUUCGAACAAGAAUCCACGGAUCAAAAACUGAUUAAGAGCUGGACUUCCGCCAUCGAUGAUUGGGUGAAUCGUAUUUUGCUGCUGGUCUCUAGCAACAUGGCCAUUCUUGUCUAGCCAGAUAAAUGCUUGGUGGGAAUCUGUCUUCUGGUUUUGACUUGUCAAGAAUGCAGUUCUGCUCCAUUUUUGUCAUCCUACUCUAUCUGGUUUCAAAAGCUUCUAUCUCAUUUUCAGUCAGCAUGAUCUUUUCGUUCGAACUUAAUAUGGCAUCUUGUAUCCUUGUAUGGAGUAGCCUCCAGCAGAGUCUCAAUUGGCGAAGGUGGCAUCUUGUACCUCGUUAUCAGAUCUAUUAACAAGAUUGGGAAGGUUUUCAAAUGUAAAGAAUGAUGAGAAUCACAUUCUGGGAAGCUCAUUCAACCCGUUUUGAAGCUCAUAAAUGAGGACAAUGCACAAGCUGUAUGGGAUGGAGCAGUCAGUCUCUUACAUACCAUUACAACAUUCUUUCCGGCUUCCAUUCAUAAUUAUUACGACAAGGCUGAAGCUGCUGUUGCUUCAGAAAUUUUGUCUGGGAAAUGCAGCCCUAAAAUGUUGAAGGUAACAUGUUUCAUUGAACCUAGCUUGGAUGCCGCUGUUAAUGAUGUGGACAACUUCUGUUCUUAAGUAUAAGCACUUUUUUUCUUCCUGCUUGUUGUUUAUUUUUUAGAAACUUGGUUAUUGCCUAGCAUUUCUCCCAAAAACAAAAGGAGAUGGGGAUAGCUGGUCCUUUACCGUGCAGAAGAUUUUGGUUUUGAUAAAUGACCAUCUGAAUG